AAAUCCCCCGGGAGCGGCGGGGGGAGGACGCUGCCGUGAUCCGGCUCCUGCCGCACCAGCCGUGCAUUAAUAGAUUAUCCCGAGCUUUUGGGACCGCCAGGAGCCAGGGCAGCGCUGCGGGCGGAGCACGGGCAAGGCCAGGGCUGCAGACGCGGCCCCAUUUCUCUGCUGCCGGCAUUCCCAAACCAGCCCAACGGAGCCCUCGGAGAGCGCGAUGGACGAGUGGGAUCUCCCACAAUGGAAAAAAGAGGUGGAAAGCCUCAAGUACCAGCUGGCCUACAAGAGGGAGAUGUCCUCCAAGACCAUACCGGAGUUCGUGAAGUGGAUCGAGGACGGAAUUCCCGAGGAUCCCUUCCUGAACCCGGAGCUGAUGAAGAACAACCCCUGGGUGGAGAAAGGCAAAUGCAUCAUCCUCUGAGGCUCCCCCCUGCAGGACGGAGUUUGCAUUCCUCAGCUCCAGUUCCAGCACAGAACCCGAACAAAAGCCCUGCCCUCUCCUCCUUUCUUCUCCUGUAGUUGUAGAAGGGGUUUUAGAAAUGGGGGAACACGGGGAAAUGCCCCAGGAUGGGCAGCCUGGGGGGAGGAGCAGCAAAGGCUGCUCCAGGAACGUGCUGCAGCUUCAUCUCACACUCCUGCCACCAAAAAAGGCAGACUUUUGCAACUUGUAAAGAAGCUUUUUAUAAAAACCCCCAUUUUUAGUGCUUUUAGAUACUUUUGUACACUGUAGGAUAUUGCUUCGCAGCAAACCAGGCAGAAUCUGGCACCUCGAGGUUUAUGAGUGAAAUAAACAGAGCAAUACUUCACUAGUGA